AUUUGUAGAAUUAGAUUUGUUAAUUUAAUUUCUAUAAGUUUAUCAUGUUUUUUAUUAAGUUUAUAUUUUUUGUUAAAUGAUAUGAUUUAUUUUAUUGAGUGAGAAUUAGUUUCUUUAAAUUCUAUAAGAAUUGUUAUAACUUUUCUUUUUGAUUGAAUAAGUUUAUUAUUUAUAUCUUUUGUUCUUAUAAUUUCUUCUUUAGUGAUUUUUUAUAGAAAAGAAUACAUAAUAAAUGAUAAUCAUAUUAAUCGAUUCAUUAUAUUAGUAUUAAUAUUUGUUUUAUCAAUAAUAUUGUUAAUUAUUAGACCAAAUUUAAUUAGAAUUUUAUUAGGGUGAGAUGGUUUAGGACUUGUUUCUUAUUGUUUAGUAAUUUAUUUUCAAAAUAUUAAAUCUUAUAAUGCUGGUAUAUUAACUGCGUUAUCUAAUCGAAUUGGGGAUGUAGCUUUACUUCUUUCUAUUGCUUGAAUAUUAAAUUAUGGAAGAUGAAAUUAUAUUUUUUAUUUAGAAAUUAUACAAAAUGAAUUUGAAAUGUUAAUAAUUGGAAGAUUAGUAAUAUUAGCUGCUAUAACUAAAAGAGCUCAGAUUCCUUUUUCUUCUUGGUUACCUGCAGCUAUAGCUGCUCCUACACCUGUUUCUGCUUUAGUUCAUUCUUCUACAUUAGUUACAGCUGGUGUAUAUUUAUUAAUUCGAUUUAAUAUUAUCUUAAGAACUUCUUGGUUAGGACAAUUAAUAUUAUUAUUAUCUGGAUUAACAAUAUUUAUAGCUGGAUUAGGAGCUAAUUUUGAAUUUGAUUUAAAAAAAAUUAUUGCUUUAUCUACUUUAAGUCAAUUAGGUUUAAUAAUAAGAAUUUUGUCUAUAGGAUUUUUAAAAUUAGCUAUAUUUCAUUUAUUAACUCAUGCUUUAUUUAAAGCAUUAUUGUUUAUAUGUGCUGGGGCUAUUAUUCAUAAUAUAAAUAAUUCUCAAGAUAUUCGUUUAAUAGGGGGGUUAAGAAUUCAUAUACCUUUAACUUCAGCUUGUUUUAACGUAUCUAAUUUAGCUUUAUGUGGAAUACCUUUUUUAGCUGGAUUCUAUUCUAAGGAUAUAAUUUUAGAAAUUGUUAGAAUUAGAAAUGUUAAUAUGUUUUCAUUUUUUUUAUACUAUUUUUCUACGGGUUUAACUGUUAGUUAUUCAUUUCGAUUAGUUUAUUAUUCAAUAACCGGUGAUUUAAAUUGCGGUAGAUUGAAUAUAUUAAAUGAUGAAAGUUGAAUUAUACUCCGUGGUAUAAUAGGAUUAUUAAUUAUAAGAAUUAUUGGAGGUAGAAUAUUAAAUUGAUUGAUUUUUCCUUUUCCUUAUAUAAUUUGUUUACCUAUUUAUAUAAAAUUGUUAACAUUAUUUGUAUGUAUUGUAGGGGGUUUAUUUGGAUAUUUAAUUUCUUUAAGAAAUUUAUUUUUUUUAAAUAAAUCUUUAUUUAUAUAUAAUUUAAGAACUUUUUUAGGGUCUAUAUGAUUUAUACCUUAUAUUAGAACUUAUGGUAUAAUUUUUUAUCCUUUAAAUUAUGGUCAAUUAGUUGUAAAAAGUUUUGAUCAAGGUUGAUCAGAAUAUUUUGGAGGUCAACAUUUAUAUCAAAAAUUAUCUAUAUAUUCUAAAACUUUAUUUUUAAUACAUAAUAAUUCUUUGAAAAUUUAUUUAUUAUUAUUUGUAUUUUGAAUUUUAAUUUUAUUAAUUUUAUUAUUUUUAU